CGCCGUUAAACCACAAUGUCACCACACGGGGGCACUGUCGCAUUACAAAACCACGAGGGGUUCCUUACGAAGGCUUUAUCGCUAAAACAUUUAAUGCACUACAGUGACACAGUUCGUUACAUAAUCCAGGCUGGGUUGCUUAAAGGGCCGACCACGGCCUUUGGCCCCGAAGUGUUACGAUUAUAGCCGAUAAAACUAUGCCAAAGGGGGGAGAGUCCGGUAGACGGGGCGGAGAAGGGCCAUACGGUUUAACUGUGUGUGGAUGCGCUGGGUGGGUGAGUGUCUUGAGUCAGGACCGCUAGCUGUCUGCACCGACGCCAGCGAACGUUUCCGCCCACAAGAAAGAUGGCGGCUCCCUUGCUGGAGAAACUGUCCGAGUCUCUAGGUUCUCCGGAGCCAGCAGUUCGACUCAUCUUGUCUAUUUUAACCGGGUAUCUUUGUGCCCUGGUGUACCGACAUUUUCUGUUCUACAAGUCCACCACAGUCAUCCACUUGUUCCACGUUGUCUCUGGACUGGCCCUCGGAGCAUUCAACUUUGGGUCUCAGCUCUGUCACUCCACAGUAUGCGUCCUUGUGCAGUUCCUGAUGCUGAGGCUCAUGGGAAGGACAGUAACAGCCGUCCUGAGCAGCUUUACCUUUCAAAUGUUAUACCUGCUGGCAGGGUAUUACUACACAGCAACCGAGAAGUAUGACAUCAAGUGGACUAUGCCUCAUUGUGUCCUCACACUUAAACUUAUUGGGUUGUCGCUUGAUUACUAUGACGGCAGGAAGGACGCUUCCCAGCUGAGCUCAGAGCAGAAGAAGUCAGCGCUGCGGUCUGUGCCCUCUCUGCUAGAGGUGUGCGGCUUCUGCUACUUCUACGGCGGUUUCCUAGUAGGACCCCAGUUCACACUACGCAGCUACCAGAGGCUGGUGGCUGGAGAGCUGACAGACUGCCCUGGAAAACCUCCAAACAGCUUGAUACCAGCUUUAAAACGGUUUGGUCUGGGCUUUGUCUGCCUGGUGCUAUAUGCAGUAUUUAGCCCCUAUUACCCAGACAGCUACUACUUAACAGAUGAGUAUGAGGCUCAGCCGUUCUGGUAUCGCUGUGCGUUUAUCCUGCUUUGGGCUAAAUUCGGUUUGUAUAAAUACGUCAGUUGCUGGGUAAUAGCGGAAGGUUCAUGUAUAUUAUCGGGCUUAGGCUACAAUGGGGUGGUGGAUGGGAAGCACCAGUGGGACGCCUGUGCCAAUAUGAAGGUGUGGCUCUUUGAAACCACGCCGCUUUUUGGAGGAACCAUUGCUUCCUUCAACAUCAACACAAAUGCCUGGGCUGCCAGACAUGUCUUCAAGCGUUUGAGGUUCCUGGGCAAUAAAACCCUGUCUCAUGUGACCACACUGUUCUUUCUGGCCAUUUGGCACGGCCUGCACUCUGGAUAUGUCUUGUGCUUUUCCAUGGAGUUUUUGAUCAUUAUUGUAGAGAGACAGGCGCAGGCUCUGGUGAGGGACAGUCCUGCGCUGACGAAGCUGGCCAACAGCUGGCUCUACCCCCUCAUCUACGUAGUGCAGCAGCUGAUCCACUGGCUCUUCAUGGGCUACUCCCUGGUGCCGUUCUGCCUCUUUGCCUAUGACAGAUGGCUCAAGGUGUAUUCAUCCAUCUACUUCUGCGGUCAUGUAUUCUUCCUCACAGCCUUUUUAAUCAUGCCGUACCUCCGUAAGGCACUGGUGCAUAAAAAGGAACACAGCCAGAAGAAGGAGGAAUAAAAAUGUGUACUAAGGUUUUGCAUGGUUCAUCAAAGGCUCAAACUCCACUCAAGGGAACUGUGACAUUCAAGGAGCAGAAUGGAAAAUAUUUUAAGGCCUUCAGUAAUAUAUAAAUAUAUAUAUAUAUAUAUAUAUGACCAUGUGAAAUAAAUUUCUAUAUAUUUUUGUGUUUUAAACAGGAAAAGUGUUUUUAUAAACAUUUGGAGAAAUGUUUACAGGACAUUACCGUCGUGCCACAUGGGGUAAUUGUGAGCCAAUCAGGGGUGAUUUCCUGUUUUGUUUGUCAUUUUAUUUUGUUAAGUCAUGUGGAACUUCAUGUGGAACUUCAGAGACUUUUAUAUGCUGUCGACCGGGCCGUGUGCGUUUGUUCGGUUUCUCCCUUUCACCGCAUUAAUAGCAACAAGCCUUCACAGGAGGUUUAAGCACAGUGCCAGAGGUUCGAAUGGAAUAACACAACUCACCAUGCUUUGUCCAACGUAAUAAUUAGGGAGGGUGUUUCUUUAAAAUCGCUGCCAGUGGUUACACAAGCACUGUAAGUAAAUCCCACACUGUAAACUAACACCUGAUUUAAAAUGGCCUUGUAACAAUGAAUGUUUCUACAAUACACUUGUUUUGGAGAUCAGUUUGAUUCAUGAUGGGAGAGGGGGAGGUGAUUUUUAUAGAGUUUUAACCGCUUUUAUGAAAGCAAAUUUUGUAGCUUUGGAUAAGAUUUCAGUAAUGGAUUUCCACGUGUUCUCGAGCCUUUCUGUGUUUUUAUUCUUUCUACCUUUAUGUCCUCUUCUCUUCAUCUUCCACCACUCCUGUUCCUGUCUGUCUUGAUUUAGCUCUGAAAUACACACCCAGUCAUUUCAUGAAGAGACUUGCACAGCUCCCAGACAUGCAGUCACUACAGCUUUAACAGUUGAGCUUGCGUGGAUUCUGUGACUGGAAGGAAGAAGUGUUGUUAUUUUUUUGUUCAAUACGUGAUCUCAUUUAAUGCUGGAAGCAAAGAUAUACAUGUUGAAUUUAGUUUCACCUCUGACCUGCUCUUUGUUUCUGCUUCUAACAGCAGGCGUUAAUUAAACAAAGAACAAUAAUCCCACCCUGCUUCAGGGACACUUGUUUAUUUUGUAUUUAAUAGAAUUCUUUGGGGCUGUACUGACGCAAGCCCAGUUCUGCUGCUGCUGUCCCUUCAGUGAUGCUGAUACAUGUACACAUAUUAUAUACAGGAAGAAGAAGCUUCCUGUAGCAGCAGCCCAGGGUUUGGUAAUAUUUAUACAUGACAUGGUGAUCAAUAAUUAAUGUGAGUUGCUUGGUUGUUUCUGACUUUUUGCCUUAUUUCUACCAAAUGUACAAAGGAAACAGAAACUUGUGGGGGGUGACUUUCAAAUACAGUUUUAUAAUGUUAAUUAAAUUACUGCAUUUUAAGAAA